AUGAAAUCUACAUCACCUUCAAUACUGGAGCGUAAAACUGAUGAAAAGGAGUUGAAACGUAUAGCCUAUGAAGAGAAGAGUAAAAGUGAGGAAUCUUUAUCCUCUGAUGUCGAAAAUUUGCCAUUUGUAUCAAAGAAUUGGCAUGAAUUGAAUGUAUCCGUGCAACACAAAGUAGAAGCAGAAGUGACAGCAGUUGGUGGGAGCGAAUUGGACUUCGAAAUUAUUGAUGAUGCU